ACCUAAUUUUUUUAAGAGGUUCAAUGUGUUGGAAUGAGGUUCAAUUUUGUCUGUGUUAUGGGUCACAUGAUCAAAACGUGAUCCUACUCUUAGUUGACCUGCUCCACUGCUACAUGUAAAUAUUUGCAAAUAAUUUGUACAUGCCCAGAAUAACUCUUCCAUAGAAAUACUUAAAUUUUCGUACAAAGCAUAAAAGUCAAACAAUAAAAAAAAAACGGGUGUGUUGUAAAUUCUCAGGUGUAUCAAGGUGAAAGACCUCUGACCAAGGAUUGCAUUGAGCUCGGAAGAUUUGUUCUGUCUGGCAUUACCCCAGCUCCAAGGUACGUAUUUAUAUUUUUAUAUACAUAUGGUCUUUAGUAAUUAUGGUAAUCACCAUCCAAGUAACUACCAUUAACAAUGUUUAUUUACCUCACUAACCGACUAACUAUUUAUUAACCCUUUUGAGAGACAUGAUCAGUUGAUUGAUCGAUUAACUAACUAAAUUUCAGGGGAGUUGCAAAGCUAGAGGAGACAUUCGAGAUCGACGAGGACGGAAUCCUGAGGAUCACAGCGAGGGAGAAGGUCUCGUCGUCGCGAUCCGAAUCCCUGACCAUCACCAACUACAAAGGGGACCUGACGCAGCGGGAGAUCGAGAGAAUGAUCAAGGAAGCGGCGAAGAUGGCCGAGGAAGACAGGGCAGCCAAGGCCCGCGUCGACGCCAGGAACCAGCUCGAGCGUUACAUCUACGACGUCAAGAACGCCAUAAGCAGAACUGGGGGCAGCUCUAGCAGCAGUAGCAGUGAUGGAGACGACGGUAAGCAGAAGCAGCAGCAGCAGCAUGUGUUGUUGCGCGACAAGAUGGGUUGGUACGAGAAGAGAACGGUGGAGAGCGCCGUCGGGGAUGCUUCGCGGUGGUUGGAGGAGAACCCUGAUGCUACCAAGGAAGAGUACGAGAAGAAGCUGAAGAAGUUGAGGGAUAUUUGGAACCCUAUUCUCAACAAACUCAACGGUAAUAAUGCAUAGACUGCUAGCCAGUGUCUGUAAUUAAGUUGGCAAGAUCGUGUAAUUAAUUAUGUUCUACGUACAGUUUGUUUUUUUUUUUUUUUUUGGUUCCAAGGUACUUGCUUGGACUUCCUUUUUUGUUUUGGAUGCUGAUGAUAAGUUUGGUGUGUGGAGAAGUGUAUGGCUUCCCUUUGCUAGUUUGGAUUUGGUUUUGAGAUAAAAAAAAUUAUAUAUAUUUGCGGUGGAUGUAUUUAUGUUUGUUGAUGAUCCUUCCGUCCUGUUUUGUUAAAAAGCAUGGUUUAGGAAAUCCUAUUGUAUCGGUUGGUUCGAUUGAAAAUACUGGAUAUCGGAUUCUAAAUGAUGGACGUUUUUGGCGUUACGAAAUUGUUCAACCACAAUUUUCGUACAAAAUAUUAUAUCGUUAACUUUUUUGAUAUAACUUCGGGUACUUUUCACGGUCAUUGUUGAAAAAUAAUGAUACAUGUUCAAGAUGUCUAAUUAUGUUUACAGGAUAAUUAUCAUAAACUGUCACACAACUUAUCACUUUUUUUUUAAUUUUGCACGUUUCAGUAAAACACGUUUGGACGAAUAACAAAAAGGUCAUUUCGUUCAUUUACAUCCAAAAAUCUAUUAAUUCAGUCCAGUGAGCAUGCCACGUCAUAAAGAAAAAUUAAUAAACCAAAAUCUAUUAAACCCAAUCGAACCACACUUUACCCACCCGAAAAAUAUAUAUCCUAUAUUGGGUUUGUAUACUUGUCGGGUAUAGUCAUAGAUUGGGUGUGGACGUGUGGUUUGGUUGGGUUUAGUAGUGUUUGGGCUAUUGAUUUUUUUUUAUUAAUUUUUCUUUGUGACGUGGCAUGCUGGCUGGACUGACUUAACGAAUUUUUUGAUGAAAAUGGACGGAAUGACCUCUUUGUUAUUCGUCCAAACAUGUUUUUACUGAAACAUGCAAUAUUAAACUUUGGUGAUCGUUUUGUACUAAGUGAUAUAAAUUGUGUUUCUGUUUAUGAUAAUUACUCCAUGUUUAUAUCAUUUCAAGUGGCAUGUUGGCAUAAGAGAACACAAGACCUGAGCAAGGAUUUGGGGGAUGGGAAGAGAGGUGUAAACUCAAUUUGGAUUGAACUUACUAUUGAAAUAGAAUAAAGUUUAUUAAAAAAA